GUAGAGGCACUGGACCAGUGUCUGCCCGCCUUCACGUCUUCGGCGCGUUAUCUCUUCCCGCCCAUUUUAUCAGCGGCUGCCAGGCCUUCCCGAUAAUCCAAAAAGCACCCCCCAGAAGCUGAUUGCGAUUUGCCGCUUCCCGAUCUUCCUCUCCGUGAACUCAAUCUCGACCCUUGGCUCCCGCCCCUCCGACCCACCACCAGCACUCCUUGAGCGAUCAUGUCUCUCUCUGGUAUUGUAGUCUUGGCCAGGCAUGGUGACCGUUCGGGCUUCUACCAAAGCCCAAAGACGUACGCCGCCUCCGACACCAACCUCACUGUCCUUGGCUACCUCCAGGAAUACAAGAAUGGUCAGGAUCUUCGUGCCGAGUACUUCACGAAUGUGACCGACAGCAUCGCUGGCAUCCAUGCCGACAUCGCAGAGCCAAUGGAGAUGGACAUCUACGCCGAUGCUGGAGGCGAGGGAACCGUCAUCGUCGAGUCUGCCAAUGCUCUCUUGCAAGGACUGUAUCCUCCUUACAACGAGACCCUCGCCCUGGCCAAUGGCUCCACUGUGGCCUGGGACCGGGCCCAGCUGAUCUCCAUCGAGACUGUCGAGCCGGAAGAAGAGAUCUGGAUGGAAGGCUAUACCGAGUGCGAUGCCUGGACUACCUCUCUGAGCGCCUUCUAUAACAGCUCAGAUUUCGUCGCCCAGGCACAAGGAGCCAAUGCCUUCUACCAGAGCCUAUCGCCUAUCCUUGGCAACCGACCCUUGACGUAUCAGAAUGGCUACAACAUCUUCGACUUUAUGAAUGUUAACUACAUUCACAACGAUACUCUCAGCCCUGAGAUUGCUCCCUACCUCAAUGAAUCUCGAUACUAUGCCAACUGGCGAGAGUCGAGGGCAUUUGGUAAUGCCGAUCCGAGCAACAUUGCCAAUGUUGCCGGACAGGCGCUUCUGCCCUUGAUCAUCGACGGCGUUCAGCAGAUCAGCAACACCAGCAACCCUCUGAAGUUUCAGUACCUGGCCAUCUCGUACAAGCCUUUCAUCAGUCUCUUCAACAUGAUGGCAAUGCCAUCUCCGCUGAACGACACAAUGGUAGACUAUGCCUCGAUGGCCAUCUUCGAAGUACGAGAUGAUGAUACCGUCACCCUCAGGUUCCGAAACAGCAGUGAGGGAGACCUCGCCUACUACCCCAUGUUCGGAUCUUCGGAGACCAGCACACCCCUCGACACCUUCGUCGAUACCCUCCAGCCCAAUUCUCUCGACACUCUGGCCAAGUGGUGCAACAAAUGUCAGACAAGCGAUGCUCGAGGAUGUGACGUCCUUGCUGCACUGAACGGUACCGGAGGAGGCUCCGUCCAGUACGCAUCCAUCACAUCCACUACUGGCAGGCAGCACGUCUCACCGGUCGUAGCCGGAGUCAUCGGCGCCCUUGUAGCUCUAGCGGUCGCCGGAGUGGCCCUCGCCGCCUGGCUCUUCUUCGGCGGUCUGGUCAAGCGAACCCGCCGCGGUCGAAGGUCGGGCGUGGCAGCCGGAAAGCAGGGACCAUCUGGCCGAAGGAGUCAGAGCAUCGCCGGAAGUAUUGCUGGUGACAGCAACGUCGAGCUUCACCACUCGUCGCACAACGCAGCCGAUUCUGACGGCACCAGGAGUGUCGGCAGUGGCAACGCCAAGAUCUAGUCUGGGCCCUCGUCAAGAGUAGCCACGCU